ACACAAAGACAUCAAGGAAUUUAUUUGUUCGUUCGUUCGUUCGUUCGUUCUAAAGCAAGGGAAAGGUGAAUUGAUUAUUUAAUUAAAAGCUCUCUGGAGCCCCCAUUCCCAGGAAUCAAAAAUAAUGAGUCCAAAGAAGUCCGCCGAGAGGGCGGCCCCACCCACGCACACCUCGGAUCGGGCCAUGCAUUCGUCGAUGGAACCGGUCGUUCGAGAUGGUAAAAUCCGCGAGCAAAUCGAGCUGGAGAGCAAAGUUCGCCACGAUUACCAGAAACGGUGGGGCUUCAUGACCCAACCGGAAACAACGGAAUAUUUCGACCUGAAGAAAAACAACAAAAAACUAAAAGACAUGCACCAGCGACAUGCCCAGAAGGUAAACGUCCACGAGUACGAUGGCCACGGCGAGUCCCACUUUGUGUCGAAGCAGAUGUUCAAAACGCUCAUUGAUACGUGCCGCUGCGGGAGGAAAAAGGUGACUAAUAUGCAUGCAUUGAAGUGUCUGCAGAAGUCUAAGAGCACGUACGAGAAGACGGAUGAUGAGGACGAGGAACAGGAAGACGAUAAGGACGUGGAUGACGGAAGGAGCAGUGUGGCGGGUUCGACGGUCAGUGAUAAAAGCGCUAACUACAUUCCACAGGUGCCGGUUAAAAGUUCUGGGAUGUACGGUUGGCCCCAGAAUCGAUUUGUGGAAAUGGAGAAAAGUACCUACUACAUAUCGCCUCGCUACACAAUGCCCGGUCAUCCGAUCGUCGAUUCGCAACCAUACCACAACAUAAUACUGGGUUGAAGGCUUUCGAUAUGCUUUGAGAAAAUUUACACCGAGAAUCAGCUUUUUUCCGUAUUUUAUGUACUGACAAUAACAAUUUAAUGUGCAUCAUAAUUUCAUAUCGUGAGAAUAGCUUGAAUUGGAAAUAAAAAAAAAAAGACGUACUCACCAUCAGCUUAGCAGAGACAGCCGUUUAGCUUUGUAUCAAUCGAGACAUACCGUCGGAAAUGAUCUUCAGAUCCUUGAGAUCUUUGUUGACCGUCUCCACCAGA